AUGUUCCGGCCUGCUUGUCUUGCAGACGUGCACUGGGCAUCUCUCUGCGCGGGCGCGGCCUUGUCCGCCGCAACGUGCCUCGCCCUAGCCCUGCGACGAAGUCCCCCGUGGCUCUUGCAGUGGCUCAUGGCGCCUGAGGUGCGCCGUUCCGCCUGGGAUGCUCUUAAGCAGGGACAUGAGCAUGCGGCACGCCCAAGGAGGAGGGCCGCAAGGCUGUAUCUCAUCAGGCAUGGACAAAGUGAGGCCAACCAACAGGCCGACAGAGUAGGCGGGCGCGAUGAGAAGACCCCGCUCACCACCCUGGGCGAAAGGCAGGCACGAAAGUUGGGUGAGCGUUUCAAAGGUGAGGGCAUCAGCUUCGACUGUGUGUUCGCCUCCCACGCAGUUCGGGCGUUUCGCACAGCUCAGCUGGCUUGUGAGGUUCUUGGAUUUUUGGGCCGAAUCGAGGUGGAGAGGCGAGUUGUUGAGUUCUCACAGGGUGCUCUUGAGCAGCAGCCUCGUCAAGAAGUCUAUCGGGAAGGUGGGCCCAUCAGACAGCGUAUCCGUGCACAAGGCAACCUCUUCUUUCGUCCACCAGGCUAUUCUCCAGACGGUACACGUGGAGAGUCUGCCUGGGACACCGAACUUCGCUUUUCGGAGUUUGUGGAUGGGUUGCUGAUGGCUGGGGAGUCCAAAAAACCCGAGCAGCGCGAGCUUGUUGUGGGAGUCUUCGCCCAUGGCAUGGCCAUCAAAUCCUUCGUCCGCGGUGCUUUUUCAGCCGCGCCCAGCUUCUUGGUAAAUGCUCAGGUGGACAACACAUCCAUCACCGAGAUGGUGUACAAGCCACGACAAGAUGAGCUUGGAGGCUGGUCCUUGGUGCGGUUCAAUGAUGCUUCUCACCUGAGGCAUCUUCAAUGCGGGUGA